UUGUCUUUGGAACUUGGAUUGGGAUUUGACUAUUUUGACUACAGUUUACCUUGGGGCAUAUGAUGAAGAAGAAUCUGCUGCUAGAGCAUAUGAUUUAGCUGCACUUAAGUACUGGGGAACAUCAACUUUCACCAAUUUUCCGAUAUCAGAUUAUGAGAAAGAGAUUGAGAUAAUGCAAACUAUGACAAAAGAAGAGUACUUGGCUACUCUAAGGAGAAAGAGCAGUGGCUUUUCAAGAGGUGUAUCAAAGUAUAGGGGUGUUGCAAGGCACCACCACAAUGGUAGAUGGGAAGCACGCUACCUAGGCACCUACAGCACCCAAGAAGAAGCUGCUCGUGCUUAUGACAUAGCAGCCAUCGAGUAUAGAGGGAUCCAUGCUGUAACCAACUUUGAUUUGAGUUCUUACAUACGGUGGUUAAAGCCUUCAGGGGGUAACAUCUCAGAAUUAAAACAGGAAUCAGAGGUAACACCGAAGUCUCAGACAGUGGUAUCUCAAACUCAUUCACCAAUAGAGGGGUCUAAAUCCUUGGCCGUUCAUACAUUUAGUCCAGAUUAUCUCGAUUUACCUCAAAAUCAUGAAAUCUUUGAAAACAAAACAUUCCAAUUCUCCAGCAAUAAGUCAUCUUCUCCAACCGCACUCAGCCUGCUCCUCCGAUCAUCAAUAUUUAGAGAAUUGGUUGAAAAGAAUUUGAACAUGUGUGGAGAUGAAACUGAUGGGGAAGACAAAAAGGAUCAACGCCCACAGAUAACUAGUGAUGAUGAGUUGGGUGGGAUCUUUUACGAUGGAAUUAGCAAUCUCCCUUAUCUGUGAUCUCACCACAGAAAGAAAUGAAGAAAAUGAGAGACAUCCAAUCCAUUUCUUUGAACAUGGAGAGAUUCCAAAAAAAGAGUCAUCCCUUGAAGGCAGAGUGCACAACUGCUAGAGACUAAAGGUUACUACUACAAAUCAGAAGCAUAUCUAAGAGUUCCGAUUGAAUUUGAAUUUCUGCAAAUGUGUAAAUGUGAAUUAUUUACAGAUUUGGACUAGACAAUAAUGUUAACCAUAGUUGUUAAAAUAAGCAGCUUGAUUGCCCCAGUCUAUGCACAUGGAAGCCAUAGUUGACACGGUCUAGCUUGACCACAAAGCACCUGGUGCUCAUCCAAAUAGCUUAGUCAUA